CUAGAAGGUGCUGUUGCUGAAAGAGGACUCAACAGUUGUAGAAAGAAAGGGCUUAGUCCCGGCCUGGACUUCUAGUAACUUUUCUCUCAGCUGAGAAGUAUUUGGAUAUUAAUCAGAAAUAUCUCCACAAGAUUCAAGAAGCUCUAGAGGUGAAGUAAGUCUGUGAAGGACCAGCAUGGGAAUCCUUUACUCUGAGCCCAUCUGCCAGGCGGCCUAUCAGAAUGACUUUGGUCAAGUGUGGCAGUGGGUGAAGGAAGACAGCAACUGUAUCAACGUUCAAGAUGGCUUUAAUGGAGACACUCCCCUGAUCUGCGCUUGCAGGCGAGGGCACCUGAGAAUCGUUUCCUUCCUCUUAAGGAGAAAUGCUGAUGUGAACCUCAAAAACCAGAAAGAGAGAACCUGCUUACAUUAUGCUGUGAAGAAAAGAUUUACCUUCUUUGAUUAUCUACUCAUUAUCCUCUUAAUGCCUGUCUUGCUUAUUGGGUAUUUCCUCAUGGUAUCAAAGACAAAGCAGAAUGAGGCUCUUGUACGAAUGCUACUUGAUGCUGGCAUCGAAGUUAAUGCUACAGACUGUUAUGGCUGCACUGCAUUACAUUACGCCUGCGAAAUGAAAAACCAGACUCUCAUCCCUCUGCUCCUUGAAGCAAAUGCAGACCCCAUGAUAAAGAAUAAGAAUGGUGAGAGUUCUCUGGAUGUUGCACGGAGAUUAAAAUUUUCCCAGAUUGAAUUAAUGCUAAGGAAAGCAUCAUAAUCCUUGUGAACUCAGACGGAGAAGCAGAAAAAGUUGAAGGACUGGAUUCUAUCUCCAUCUUAGCCUAUUGGUCUGUGGGCCACUCAGCCUGGAUGCCCAUUUUAGGGGGAUAAUGACGGUUGUCAUGGGAAAGGUUUUUGAAUAGCUUUGUAUUUAUGUUUUUUGCUCAGUGGAGUUCAGCAAACUCAGUGUCUGCUGAAGAGGAUCAGAGUUAUCUGAGAUAGUAUUCUUUCUUCUCAGUUGUGUCCCUCUUAAAAAGAGGCUGUUCUGUCUAUAUCACGUCCUAGGAGACAAACUGUUCCUCUCAGGCCCCUUUAAGUAGUAACAGGAAGAAUGGAAGCAUGUACAUUUGUAUAGAAUGGUGUGGGUAUGUGUGUGAGUUUAGAGAAUCAUGUAAAUAUUCCUUUGAUGAAACAACCUCAACAAAAACAUUUAUCAGUUGUCGGUGAUGGGAGUGUUUACACCACAGAGAUUGGUAAAUGCUACAAAUGAAGGCGUUUUUUUCUUUCCAGAGAGCCAGUUUACCAGCACACUGCUAGACAUUUUGGUAUCAUUUUACAAAUAAAAGCCGUCUUGAUUUUGAACAAGACUAUGUAACUAUCAAGAUGUUUGUUCAAAAAUAUCUUUAUGAUUCUUUUGUGAAUGCAAGGCAGCUACUAAACUUGUUCUGUUUAUUUUUAUUGAUAAAAUUUAAAAUUUUAUUGUAGAUUAUUUGGAUAAAGGAUUUCUUUACAAGAAAUAGAGGUAUAUUAUGAAGUACUAUCUGGAUUAUAUUUCGAGAUGAGAGAUUGAAUAUCAAAAUAUCUCUCUCAACUCUCUCAACUCCCUUGUCAAUGAGACAGAGUAGAAAUAAACAUAUUUAGAAAAUGAUUGAAUUUUGCAAAGCAAGACUGAAUCAUGAAUAGCUUUAGACAUAGACUAAACCACACUAUGUGUAAUAACAAGUAUGAUCUAAGAAUGAAAGAUUUACCAUUGUUGAACAGAACAAAGGUCUAAUAAAAAUCAAAUCCAGGAAUAUUUAUUGAAGUAUGUAUAAGACUUUAAGGUACAUGUUUUGUGAGGGAAGUAGUAGUGUGUAGAUAUAGAUUCUAAAGCCCUUAAAUAUUUCUUAAUAAAUUAUUUAAGAUCUAUUUACACCAAACUGAGUUAUCAGGUGACUCUGGAGGAUGAAAAAAAGAAGUGAAUUUCACACAUCACUAUACCUUCGACAUACACUAGUAUAUCUUCGAUUUGGUUUCAGGGUUUUGCAAAAUUCUACUAUGGCUCAUGUAAUUUAUAACUAUCAUCUUUGAAACUGUCUGAAAAUUGGAAAUUUUUUUAAAGAAAUAAAUCCAGAUUUGUGAAUGA